GUUUAUUGUUUGGUCUCUUAUAGACUAAACUCUCAACAAGCACUGAGAUCAGCAAAGCACUAUGAAAAGGCAAAACGUUCGUACACUGUCGCUUGUCGUUUGUACGUUCACAUAUUUGCUGAUAGGAGCAGCUGUUUUCGAUGCAUUGGAAUCAGAUACAGAAAGCAAGAGAUGGGAGGUUCUAUCGGAAGUCUUCGGUACAUAACAUUAAUAAUGAAAAUAUUAAAAUGCCUUGUUUACUAAUAUGAAAAGUGGUCUAGUGCGUAAAUACAAUAUAACUCCGGAAGAUUACCACAUGAUAGAGAUUGUCAUAAUUGAGAACAAGCCUCAUAAGGCUGGUCCACAGUGGAAGUUUGCGGGAGCAUUCUACUUUGCAACCGUUGUACUAGCUAUGAUAGGAUAUGGCCAUUCCACACCUGUAACUGUUGGAGGGAAAGCAUUUUGUAUGGCUUAUGCUAUGGUGGGUAUCCCUUUGGGGCUUGUGAUGUUUCAAAGUAUUGGUGAACGUCUGAAUAAGUUUGCAUCAGUCGUAAUAAGACGAGCAAAGUGCUAUCUUCGUUGUAACACAACAGAGGCUACAGAGAUGAAUUUGAUGUUUGCAACUGGAAUGCUGUCUUCUAUUAUUAUAACAACUGGAGCAGCCGUUUUCUCUCGUUACGAGGGAUGGAGUUAUUUCGAUAGCUUUUAUUACUGCUUUGUGACGCUCACGACUAUUGGGUUUGGUGACUAUGUAGCCUUACAGAAUGAUCAAGCUUUGACAAGCAAGCCUGGCUAUGUCGCACUGAGUCUUGUGUUCAUUUUGUUUGGCCUGGCUGUCGUUGCGGCCAGUAUCAACUUGUUGGUGUUGAGAUUCAUGACCAUGCAAGCGGAAGAGAAUGCUCGGGAUGAAGAUAAAGAUGAUUCCAGAACUAUUUUACCAGUUGAUGGGCAGGUGCGGGACGACCAAGCCUCUGUAUGUUCCUGUAACUGUCUUGGCAACAAACAGUGUUCUGGACCACGGACGAGUGAGAUUCCGUCUGACCUAAUAGAAAGGGCAUCCGUCUAAAUACAAUACGAAAACAGUAACAUAUAAAGGCACACAAAAUUCAAACGACAACAGAUUAAAAAUGUCUUCAAGGUAAUAAAAUGCCAAAAAGAAAAGUUUGUAGCUAUGUUAUAAAAUAUUAUUGUUCGAUUUAAAACUAAUUCUAUGUUGUUUUCCUCUUAAUUUGUGAUUACUGAUUUUUAAUAUACCAUCUUUUUUUCUACUUAUACAUGUUAUAAAUAAUUAUUUGACAUGAGUAAUAUGACACUGUUUUCACUGACGGAUUUUGUCAAAUGAUUGUAAUUUUUUCAUAAAUGAUAUUGUUGUAUGUGUAAUCCCAUUAUAUUCUCUGCAAUUAUAUGUGAAAUUGGAUCUACAGAACCUAGCCCUAACUAUCUUAAUAAUAUUAAACAUAUAUAUAAGGCAUACUUUAUAAAGCAAUGAUCAUAUAAUUAUGUCCUUUACAUAAGGUAUGCUUUAAAAUAGACAACUUAAAAUGAUAUAUGUUACCACCAUUGCUUAUGUUUGUAGAUUUAUUGACUAUUUUUUAUCAAUAAGGACAAAACUUGUUGAGAUUAAAAAAAAAUAAUGACGUCACUCUACUGUCUAAUAUUGUUAAAUUAGAAUAUUCAAAGACAUACAUUUCUCUUACACUGAUUAUGUUGUAUUCUGAGACAUUUCUAUACACAAUUUUCUUGGUAAGAAUCAAGUAAACAAUUAUUGACUUAAUAUAUAUGAACACAGGGUUUAUAUUGGCACAAUCUGCUCCUUAUACAUUUCAGACAGUGAAACCAGAUUAAUCUGGAUUACACUGGUCACAACAUUACACUAUAUACAUAAAUAGCUUUUGUGUAACGUAUUUCUAGUAAACUUAUUGAAUUUCUACUCCUGUAUUCUAAAUGCAUACGUAAGUGCCAAUUUCACACUUUUACACUUUUAAUAUUACAUUGUUUAUAACACACAACUAAAGUAUUCAUUGUGAUAGAUACAACUAAAGAUGCCAAUUUUAGUGCCAAAUAUUCUUAAUUUUGUGGAUUACUUAAUUUAAUAUAUAAAUAAAUAAAUACUAAUCGUUCAAUGAUGGUGUAUAUUUUGUAGCAAGCACUUCAAUGAUAGUUUAUAAGCCUACUUCACUUGCACUGAAAAUUUUGAAGUUUAGUACGAUUUUCAUAUUUAAAAAAAAUCUUAUAAACAGUGUUCUUAUGUUAUCGAUUCAGUCUUAUAACAGGCGUUCUAGUAGCUUCUAAUUGUGGCUUUAGUCGAGACUGCUAAAUAUCAUUUCAUUACUAAGUUAAUCCCGGAUCGUGUUUCCUCCAUUCUUCAUGACACUGGCAGAAUAUACUGUGCACGUCUUUGUACGGAUGAAGGCCGUAUUAUAAAAAAAAAAACAGGCGUUCUAGUUUUUUCGUAUGGUGAACAUAUACGAAACGUAACAUUCUUUGCACGAAGUGUUUGUAUAGAAAAUAUUACAUAUAUAUAUCAAUGUAUUUUUUUGUUAGUUUAAAACAAUGUUAUUGUUAAACAACUAAAAUAAAGCCAAAGAUGUUAUUUGGAAAUAAAUGUUGUAGUAUAA